UUUAAGAUUUUAAAAUAGUUUUGAUUAUUUUAGAAAAUAAUGAGUUUAAUAGAAUUAAAAGGAAUUUCUAGAUUCUUAAAAAUCUUGUCGAAGAAUUUUACAGAUUAUAACAGAAUUCAAAGCUAGAUAAUUAUAAACUUUUGUAGAGUUUAUCUCUAAAGUAUUGAAUAAUAUAUAUCUGUUGCAUUUGUUAUUAUCCCUUCACAACGCAAAGCUCUAUAAAUUAUCUCCAAGUCAAAGACGACUUAUGAUCAAUAGCUUUGCUAGAACUUUUGCCUCUGCAGGUAUACUCAUUUCUUUAACUUUUGUGUUUUGUAUUUGCACGUGUAACAUGCAUGCAUUGUUCAUCGUUUGAUUGAGUUUUUUUAUUUUUAUUUUGCAUUGCGCUUCUUUUCCUAUCUGUUUUGAUUUUGAAUUAUGUGAUAUAUUACUAUAACUAGCUGAUGGGAGAUUCACAAAAAAGUAAAGAAAAAGGUACAUAUAGUCAAUGGGGACCAGAGGAAACAAAACUCUUGGUCGAUCUCCUUGUCGAUGCUAUUCAUCGGAAUUGGCGUGAUGCUAGUGGUCUAAUAAACAAGUUUACAGUGGAGCAAAAAAUCUUACAUGUUCUCAUUGAAAAACUUGGAUGCCAAAAAGAACACAAGCACUAUCUAAGUAGAAUAAAAGUUUUACGAACCAUACACCAAAACUAUUUGGAUCUUCAACGCUGUAGCUCCGGAUUUGGAUGGGAUCCUGACACAAAAAGGUUUACUGCUCCAGAUGAAGUAUGGGAUGAGUAUUUAAAGAAACAUCCUACACAUACCCAUCUACGAUAUGAAUCUAUUGCAAAAUUUGAAGAUCUGCAACUCAUAUUUGGAAAUGGUGUAGCUACUGGUCGUUCUGCAGUUGGAAUGGGUGAUACUACAGAUGCUCGAACGUUUAGAGUUGAGGAGAAUACUCAAGUGAGAGAAAACAUAAAUCUUCAUCAAAGCAGUGAUGAAAUUUUUGAAUUGUCAUCUCAACAGCCAUCACCAGAAUGUGGUAUGCCAACUUUUCCAGAUAUCAGUUCAAAAAGCCGUGCAGAAAAGCUUCAUCCAAGGAAGAGAUCUAAAAGGGAAGCUACUAAUGAUGCAGAUAAGCUGAAAAAUGAUCAGGAUGAUUCUAUGAUCAAGGUUAGCAACAAGAUCCUUAGUGUCAUACAACAAAGAGAAGAAAGACAACAAAGAGAAGCUGAGAAAAGAGAGGAAAAGGUAAAGCGAGAAGAAGAAGAAAAGGAAGCUGAAAGAAAAAGAGACAACAUAUGGGAAGCCAUGAAGGAGAUUCCUAAUUUAGACAAUCAUACUCGCUACAAAGCUAUCACCUUGAUUCAUAAGCUUGAGAUGAAAAGUGUCUUCAAAGACAUGACAGUAGAAGAACGUUCAUUAAUGACUGAACAGCUACACUCUGUCCGACGAGUUCAUCAAAGAACAUCGGUCUGUACUUAUUACUCAAACUCUGCAUAUUUUCCAGUGUACUUCCUUCUUCUUGACUCCUACAACUAGUAGACCAUCUUCCCCCAUCUAAUCUACUUUGAGACUCUAAAUCAAUCUCUCCGAACUCAGUUGAAAGAUCAUCAUCAAUCCCUAAAGAUGACCCUCCUCUACUAUCACCACCAUAUCUAAGCAAAGGUACAACACUCAGCUUAUUAUUACAUCUCCUAGAAGAAUGUAUAUGCCUAUAUUGACUCCCACCACAUAAGAUGCUACUUCCUUUCCUUUUAGGAGUAUCAGAAAACGAAGGUGAGCAGCUGCUCCUACAAAACGAAGGUGAAGGACCGAGGACAAUCAUACCUGAUGGAAGUUGUCUUCACAUAAUAAAAAGAGAUGGUCUCCGCAUUCAAGUUCCAAGUCACAAAAGCAGCAAUUAGAAGAGGUUUUUAAACCCCAUAUUACCAUACGAAAGCGCGUCGGAAGUCUAUCCAGAUGAGCGAGCCACAUAGUAUAAGAAUACUUACGGAUAGAGCCUUUGAACCACACAUUAGAGGUCCAUGGCUUCUCCUCCUCGCGUUGUCUAACAGACUCCCAUGUCUUCUUUGCCGAGAAAGAACUGAGCUCUUGAUCAUUUAUUCUCCAGCAAUAAGAAUCAUCAACACUUGAAAGGCGAGGGUUUGACAGGGUAGUUAGGUGGAUUUGGAGCUGUUCACUCUGAGGAGAGCGAUCUCCACAGAUAUUCCAUCCCAAGUCAUACACGCAUCAUGAUUUGGUAAGUGAACAUAGCAGACAGAGAAGAGAGUUGUCGAGAAACGAUCUAUUAACUUUUGCAAAACCUUCAGAAAAAGAGUUUUUGAGAAUACUAGGGCUAGUUGCAAUACUUCGAGAGACAUAUUUUAUGAAGGAAGUUUUCAUAAAUCAAUGAUCUAAUAACUACAAAUUUUAAAAGAUGACAAAGUCAAUAACUUUCGUUAUUUUUUGAAUAACACAAAAUUUUUAUUGACAUUAUAAAACAAUGAAUCCAAUAACUCAAGAUUUUUGUAAACUUCUAACUACUAAUUAUAAAUUCAUAAACCAAUAACAUCAGACUUUAACAUAGUUUUUAAAAGUCUUAAUUGAAUAACACUAGAGUCAUUAUAAAAUUCAAAUCUAUAAAACUCUCUGCAAAUUCAGAAUCCAAUAA